AGCCCCAAUUCAUCUCCCUCUCUUCGAACGCCAAGCGGAGAUCCUGAGAAGAACAGGAAUGGCGACCUUCGAGCUUUACAGGAGAUCGACGAUUGGUAUGUGCUUGACGGAGACCCUGGAUGAGAUGGUUUCCAGUGGCACCCUCAGCCCCGAGCUUGCCAUCCAAGUCCUUGUUCAGUUCGACAAGUCUAUGACUGAAGCUCUGGAGUCUCAAGUGAAGAACAAGGUGUCCAUCAAGGGGCAUCUUCACACGUAUAGAUUCUGUGACAAUGUCUGGACAUUUAUCUUACAAGAUGCUGUAUUCAAGAGCGAGGAAUGCCAGGAGACGGUUGGCCAUGUCAAGAUAGUGGCAUGUGAUUCCAAGCUUCUCUCACAGUAAUGAGACUUUUGCAAACGGAAAAGGAUAAAAAAGGUUAGGAAGGAGUUUUUUUCAGUUUCGUUUCAUAGAAAUCUGAUUCUAAUGAAAAAAACAUGGUAAGCUGGGUAGUUUCAUCAUCCCUUUGCUUCGACCAACACAAUUGCAGUACUUUUUUGUGUCAACAACCUUGCCAAGCCUGUACAAUGAUCUUCACUUCCCCGUUUGUAGUGUAUGAUUUAGAUCCAGGCCUCUCCAGUGUAUCAUCUCUUGCCGAAUAUUUGAAUCUCCCUCUCCCUUUUCAAUGUAUUUAUUCCUUAUUCAUAGUAUAUGUGUGUGGAUGCCGACACGUGGUUAUUUAUUCCUACGUUCACUAUCAUAAUAUGAAGUGUGAGGUGUUUGUCGAGUUUUUCGUAGUGCGAUAUUUUAUGUAUUUCUUUUAUUCUCACUUUGCGUGGGAACUCAUAUUG